AUGGUAAAGAUGGUAGUGAAGGAAGAAAUAAGAAAAGCACAAUUGGGCAGAGUGGAAGGAAAACGUUAUGAGUGUUUGAAGGAUGGUCCGAUUCCAGCUGAACUGCCGAGAAGAGACGCGGUUGCCUGCUUCCGCCUGGCCACUGUUGCCUCGCAGAGAGACUUCCACGCUAGAAAGAUGACGACAAAGCCUGUGACUGAGCUAACGGCAACUCUACCUUCGACUCCAAGCAGAAUGAUGAUGCCGACAAGCUUGCCAACUAGCACAUCACUAGCUAGGACAACCACAUCUCUUCCCUCAACCAUUACAACCAGGAUGACAACAACCACAACCACUACAACAACCACAACCACAACUACUACCACUACAACCGAGAAACCUAUAUCAACAACUCAGCCAAGUGAGUAA